GGCUGUCAUUCGUUGACUCCGCGUUGAGGCGUUGCAACCGUGGUAAGCGAACCGCCAAAAGCUGGACACCAGCAGAGCCCAUCGAUGUCUGUGGACUUGGGGCUUGCUGCAUUCCCCCUGGACACCUUCACUACGAACAUUAUGGCACGGGAACUCGGAGGAUGGGACUACAACGACCUGUGGGCCACCAACCUGCAGCUGUCUGCGCCCAUGCCCUACAGUGCACCACUCCCCUUCAACACGGAGGCCCUGUCUCUGCCUUACUCCGCCUCCGCAAGCAGCAGUACAUCCACGGGGACGGCUGCGGACAUUCUGCCGCUGCUGAAGAGCGUGCGGGGCAUGAGCCUCCUGGACGGGGCCACGCCGCCUCUGGGCAUGCGCGGGCACUACAUAGACACCAAGCCGGGACACCGCCGCAUGACGGCUGUUGGCUCCAACCAGAACAAGGCCAUUACCAAGCGCCUCGCCUCCGCCGGCCACUACCAGCAGAUCUUGGACGAGGUGGCGGAGUGGGUCAAGGUAUUUGACGAGGUGAACGUGGCGACGGCGCUGCACCGGCUGGCCAAGCUGCAGCCGCCCGGCACGGCUGGGCCGCAGAGCCCCGUGCUUCGCAGCGCAUCCUUCCAGCUCCUGGUCGAGGCCUCGCAGCGCCUCGUGCCCCGCUUCGAAGCCCAGGCCGUCUCCAACACCCUCUGGGCGUUUGCGACGCUGGGCUACCAUCCGAGCGGGGACUUGCUGGACCGCCUGGGGCACCAUGCAGCCGGCAUUGUGCGCACCUUCCGACCACAGGCCACCAGCAAUGCCCUCUGGGCAUACGCAAAGCUGGCCUACGUCCCAUGCGAGCCCUUCCUGGCGGCAGCCGCCCUGCAGCUGCUGACGGACCUGCCGCGGUGCGUGCCGCAAGACAUCAGCAAUGCCACGUGGGCGUUUGCGACGCUGCGGCACCACCCCGGCAACACUCUCAUGGACGCUGCGGCCGCCACCGCCGCGCGCACGAUGCCCCACUUCAAGCCGCAGGAGAUCGCCAACACCCUCUGGGCAUUUGCGACUCUAGGCCACGAUCCGGGCGCCAUCCUGCUGGACGCAGCUGCAGGCCAGAUGGUGGACAACAUCGCCCACUUCAGGCCACAGGCCAUCAGCAACAGCCUGUGGUCCUACUCCAAGCUGGCCUACAACCCGGGCCACCGCGUGCUCGACGUGGCCGCCCGCCGUGCCGCCGGCAUGCUGCACCAGUACACCUCGCAGGAGAUCGCCAACACGCUGUGGGCGUUUGCGACGCUGGAGCACAACCCGGGCAGCGGCAUGCUGGACGCGGCCGCAGUGCAGAUCGCGCGCCGCAUUGAGCAGUUCUCCCCACAGGACACGACGAACAGCGUGUGGUGUUUUGCGCGGCUGUUCCACUACCCGGGCGCUGAGUUGCUGCAGGCGAUCAGCCUGUACUGCCUGCGCCACUGGCACCGCUUCAAGGCCCAGGAGUUGGCCAACAUGAUCUGGUCCCUUGCCCUCCUCCGCGCCUGCUCUCACGACACCUGGGUGGCGCUGCUGGAGAAGCUGAACACAGUGGCGGAGGCCACCUUUGACGACGCCGACCUCCACCAGCUCUAUCAAGCCUACGUCCUGCUCGACCCACCCGGGCUGCGGCUGCCGAGCAGCUCGCUGUCGGAGAAGUUCCCCGAGGGGCUGGCACGGCGGGCAGAGCGCGUGUGGCGCGCAGGCGUGCACCCGCUGGCGCGCACGAGCAAGCUGCAGGAGGACGUGUCGGCCGUGCUCUGGUCGCUCGGCGUCGCGCACAAGACGAACGAGGUCACCGCGGACGGCCUCUUCUGCGUCGACAUUGCCCUCGAAGGCGGCAAGGUGGUGAUAGAGGUGGACGGGCCGACGCACUUCAGCGUGAACUCGCGGCGGCCGCUGGGCCGCACGGUGGCGCGCAAGCUGAUGGUGGAAGCGCGCGGCCACGUGGUGCGCAGCAUCCCCUACUACGAGUGGUGCGCGCUGGACAGCCUGGAGCAGCAGCAGGCUUACGUCUGGCGCCUGCUCGCCUCCGCCGUCUCCCACCCGGCCCAACUCGACAUCCCCCUCCAGGUGGGUGCUGGAGCUUUCGAUUUCAGUGCGUCGCCUGUGGCGCUGGCGCCCGAGCCUCCAGAGCAGUCCUUGUUUGGCCUGCCAGGGCUGAGCAUCUUUGGUACUCACUACCGGUCCAAGCACCUGGCCGUUCUCUUGGCAGCAACCUUGUUCCUGGGGCUGAAGGGAUUCCUCAUCGGCAAUGCUGUUUGGGUUGCCUACAAGCUCUACCAAUCGCAGGGUGACGGGCAUCCCCCGGCGGCAGCGGGGGGCCAGCAGGGAGGAAGCUUCCAGCUGCCAGCGUUCCUGCAGCAGGGCGGCUCUGGGCAGGCAGCGCCGCCAGCGGGCAGGCCGGCUGCCCAGUCAGGCAGCAGCAGGGCCCAACCGGGCACACGGCCCAAUUUUGGGCAGCUUCGCGGGGAGGGGCAGCAGGACGGCAUGGGGAUGGUGUGGGGACAGAGAGCUUCAAGCGCAGUUGGCGGCCACGUCACUGCGGCAGCACACCGGGACAACUGGAUUGGCAAGGGACCCGGCCACAAGCUUGGCAGCAGCGACAGCUAG